UCUGGUGCCCCGGCCACAAGGGGGAGGCCGAGGGUAGCAGGGCAAGGGGGUCUUGCCGGGUUGGUCCUGCCUUCCCCGGAGGGAAGGGGGUACGGGCCUUGGCGUUGUGUGUCCAGAUGGCACGUGGAAAGUGUGUUGAGCUCAGAUGGGUAGGCCAGGGGUAGCGGGUCCCCGGGUAGCGGCGCAGAGGGGAGACCCACGAGGGCAGCUCAUGUCCGGCAGGGUCGUCUCCAGGGGCGAGCUGUGGCAGGCGCAGCCCCCGCUGGAUGGGCUCUGGCGCCGCCGCCUAGGGGAGUCCGGUAGACGGCGCUGAGCUUAAGGGCGGCCGGAGACGCCCCCCAGCGCUUCGACCCGGUACCUGCCGGGGGCGGGCGGCGCGAGGGGCGCGCGGCGCGAGAGGCGGGCACCGAGCGCGUGAGUCACUCUGCUCCCCUGGGCUCGGAGCGGGACUUCGCCUCCCGCCUGGGGUCUAAUUUCAUCUCCAGCUUCGGCGACUCAACCUUGAAUACCUGCCCCUCCUGAGGGGGGACCGGCGUUCUUCCGUCUAGGUGACGGCCAGGCUCACCCAAUCUGUGCUGGUCUUUAUCUGUAAAGUUGUCCCUGAUCUGGCCCUGAUGCCAAUGUCUCGGGACUGACAUACUCUCUGUGACCUUCUGUCAAGUAUUUUCUGGAUUCCAUCCCAGCAGAUCUGUUUUCUGCUCUGUAGCUUCCUGGAGUAAUGCUGAGCAUCAUUAGGGGAACUCAGCUGCCAUUGGACUGUAUAUCAAAGCGAAGGCUUUGGAGAUCUUUUCAGUUAAAACAAUAAUGACUUUCUUGAAAUGUAAUCCCAGUGGAGCUUGUUUUCUGUGUUGCCUGGAAGAAUCCUUACCUACCAUCAUCAGAUCUUCAGAGACCUCAUAAAAGCUUCUGUUCAUCAAGCAACUGAGUGACUCUUGAGUUAUUCACGGGGACCUUAAGAACUGCGGGUAUCAAUUUACCUGGAAAAUUCAACCACUGCCACUCAGGGCUACUGCUGAAAUACCAUGUCUAAGAACUCUGAGUUCAUCAACCUGUCAUUUUUAUUAGAUCAUGAGAAGGAGAUGAUCCUGGGAGUCCUAAAGAGAGAUGAAUAUUUGAAAAAAGUAGAGGACAAGAGAAUAAGGAAGCUGAAGAAUGAACUCUUGGAAGCAAAACGCAGAAGUGGGAAGACUCAACAGGAGACCACCAGGGUCUGUGCCCACUGUCAGAGAAACCUGGGCUUGAUAUUCGAUCGGGGAGACCCGUGCCAGACCUGCUCCCUCAGAGUGUGCAGCCAGUGCCGGGUCUCAGGCCUUGAUGGCAGCUGGCGGUGCACCAUCUGUGCGAGAGUCGCGCAGCUAAGGAUUGUAACUGGUGAGUGGUUCUUUGAAGAGAAGGCAAAGCGUUUCAAGCACGUCAAUGUUCUGGGCACUGAUGUUGUCCGACAGUCCAUCUUAAGAAGAAGUCCAGGAGAUGGAGAAAUACAAAGCCAAGAACAAACCCGCCAGAACACAGAAAAGUCAGAUGCUUUGCCUUCUUCUGGGCAGAAGGCCAGCCACGAUGGACCCAGGAGAAAGGGAUUUCUUCUUAGCAAGUUCAGAUCAGCAACCAGAGGAGAAAUAAUCACUCCAAAAACUGAAAGUGGGCGGAGCUACAGCUUGGACUUAGACAGCCACAAUUUUCGGAGUUUAAAGUCAGCCCCUGGUUCUGACAGGGGAAGCACUGGCUCAUCAGAUUUCAACGAGCCAGAAGCUGGUCCUGGAACUCCAAAGAAUGUCCGGAGCAAUGGCAUGACCCCAGGCACUCCGAGGUCACCGGCCCCCAGCACCCGCAGCGUGACCUCAGUCAGCAGUCGAAAGGAACGUGGUUUUGAAAAUUCCACCAAUUUGGCUGCCAUUGAAAGCACCUCUGAGGACCUCACAAAGACUCAUCGCCGAAAACCCUCCAGCACACCAUCCAUAGCAGUGUCCCGGGCCUCCCUCUCCUCAGACCGGAGUCGAUCUGAGUUAGAUUUGAGCGGGUCAUUUACAGAAGACUUAGAGGAUACUAUAAGCAUAAGGAGCAAAUCUGUCCCUGGGGCUUUGGACAAAGACAUGGAUUCCUUAGAAGAGCUGGAAGAUGGCAUUGAUGACUUAGUGUCCUCCCGGUUUUCUUCAAAUACCCAAAGUCUAGCGAGUGGCCUGUCAACAAAUUCUCAAGCAGGCUCUGACAGGAAAUGGACCUACCUAAGUGUGCCUGAUGCUGACUCAGACACUACCAGCCUGAACAGCAUGAUGAGUGCUUACAGUGAGACAGGAGACUAUGGCAACGUGAAGGUCAGCGGGGAAAUCCUUUUGCACAUCAGCUACAGCUAUGAAACUGGCGGGCUCUACAUUUUUGUCAAGAACUGCAGAAAUCUGGCCAUAGGAGAUGAAAAGAAACAGAGGACAGAUGCUUAUGUCAAGUCAUACCUUCUUCCUGACAAGUCCAGAAAUAACAAGCGCAAGACCAAAAUAAGAACAGGCACCAAUCCAGAAUUCAAUGAAACCCUAAAGUACACCAUCAGCCAUGCCCAGCUGGAAACGAGAACUCUGCAGCUCUCAGUCUGGCAUUAUGAUCGAUUUGGACGGAAUAGCUUCCUGGGGGAGGUGGAGAUUCCUUUUGACUCAUGGAACUUUGAAAAUCCAAGUGAUGAGUGGUUUGUGCUUCAACCCAAGGUGGAAUGUGCUGCUGAUAUUAGCCUUCAGUACAAAGGAGAGCUGACAGUCAUGUUACGUUACAUACCACCAGAAGAGAAACUGAUGCCUCCACUAGGACAAUUUCAAGGAAAGAAGACCUUUAAACGAGGAAAAAAGAAGGAUCCAUCUAUCAUCUCUGGAGGAAUCCUAGAAGUGUUCAUCAAAGAGGCAAAGAAUUUGACUGCGGUGAAAUCAGGAGGCACUUCUGAUAGCUUUGUGAAGGGCUACCUGCUCCCUGAUGAUAGCAAAGCCACCAAGCACAAAACUCUGGUAAUAAAAAAGAGUCUGAACCCUCAGUGGAAUCAUACUUUCGUGUUCAGUGGCCUGCAUCCCCAGGAUAUAAAGCAUGUUUGCCUAGAACUUACCAUCUGGGACAAGGAGGCCUUUUCCAGCAACAUCUUUCUGGGAGGAGUUCGUUUGAAUUCUGGAAGCGGUGUGAGCCAUGGGAAGAACGUGGAUUGGAUGGACUCUCAAGGGGAAGAGCAGCGCCUCUGGCAGAAGAUGGCAGACAAUCCCGGAACUCCUGUAGAGGGCGUACUCAUGCUCCGUGCCAGCAUGGGGAAGAGCAAGCUCUGAAGGUACCAGCUCUCCAAAGUGAGGCCUCCCAGGACUGUCUGGUUGUUAUUUCCUACCAGUGGUAGGCUCACGACCUGGAGUCGGCUUCCUUGCCAUUUCUCACCUGAGCCUAUUGGGGCAUAAGGGGAGAGAUGUCAAUGUUAUGAAUAGCUAGGAUCUCGCCAGCUGUCUUAUAAAAGCAUGUACUCUCUAUGUCCACAGGCUAGGGCUUUUUUGACUGGAUGAUAAAAAGUAUACCACAUGGUCCUGUUAACAAACACAUUGUGCAAUAGCUCAUGGGCUUUAUCUCAUAGGGGAAAUGGCAUAUGUUUAUUUGGAACUACAGUUGAGAUUGGGAGCCCCCCAGCUUCUUCUAAUUGUGAGUGACUUUCGGUUUUCUCAAGGUUGAAGGUAACAGGGAACCACUUGGAACGUAGGCCUCUUGCAGAGUAAGAAGAAGGGAUACUGGCUACCCUUUCCUCGCCCCAGGAAUCCCCACCAUCCAAAGAAGUCACUGUGGGGAUGGUUGCUCGGGCAAGAGGGUGGUCCUGUUGUUGUAGCUAACUUGUGGAUUAGCCGGGUGAAUUUUCAAGAUGAACUGAGGUUUUUUUUUUUCCUGUGGUGACUAUGUAAUUGAUACUCUAAAUCAUCCCAUUUUGGGGAGUGAAGAGACCUAAAUCAUUACACCAGGACAUCAGAUGUAAACCAGGACUGACCUGAGAAAAUUGGGAUGUAGGGUCACCCUAAUUAUGACCUAGCUAUUGAGAGAGCUGUGUUGUAAACAUUUAUAAAAUGUUCUAAGCCAUUAACUAAAAGGGAAUAAGCAAUGCACAUUUUUGAGCCCCUACUUGUAUUACAUCUGCUGUAUCCUGUUGCUCAAAAGAAGUCACAUGGCCAAGCCCCAUAUCAAGAGGCAGGGAAAUAUAUUCUGCUCACACUGAAGCCAUGGCAAGAGUGAGGGUGCUGGAAGAGAUGAAGGAUUGUGACCAAUAGUUCCAUCCUAUCUCUGUCACUUGGAAAUGCAGAGGCUUUAGCCACCAAACUUAGAUGCAAAGGGAGUUAAUGCUGAAAAGGGACCUUGGACCUGUUCCUCAUUUUGCACAGUCCAAAUCUGAAGCCCAUAGAGCAAAGAUGACUUGCCUAAGAUCAUAUAAAAUCGGUGAGUGUAUCUGGACUUAAAUACAGGGUGUAACUCCCAAGCCAGUGUUCUGUCGACUGUGGUCUUCCACUUGGCGUGAUCCUAUGCUAAUCAUGAUGGGCAAGAGCACAUAGAUGGCGGGAGGUGGAGUCAAGUCUGAAUGUUUGUAUAUGAAUAUACUUGACACAGUCUUCUUCUGGAGUCAUAUUCUAGCCUCUCAGCUCAUUUUUUCACUUGAAUUCAUGUAAAAAUCCUUAAAAGAAUGGAUACUGAAUUUUAGUAGUAGGAAAGCUAGAAUCAUCUUCAGGUAGCUAAUUCUUCCAUAUUCUAAAUUUCUUUUUGAAUUUUGAAAACAAAUUUAAGAAUAUAUUUACCAUUAUUCUUAGUAAGGUGAAUAACAAUCCAUAUUCACUGUUAUUCAAAAAUAGGCUAUCCAGUUCUAGGAAAUGGAAGUUAUUAGUCUAGUGUAGCUUAGGGCAUAUGAUACAAUUUUUAAAACUCACACCUGUAUCUCUAUGUUGCCCUUCAUAAAAACAGAAAACAAAAACUGUACGAUCAUCACUACUUCCUUAUAUUGGUAGAAUAAAUGUCUUCAGACUUGCCAUGACUCAGUAUAUCCUCAAUGACAUUUUUAGGGGAGGUGAGAGGGUAAGCCUGGAGACAUUUCUAAAGUAGACAGACUGAAGUAGAUUUAUUCACUAAUAAUGAAAGUGGCAAAAUUAAUUCCAAAAUAUCUUGAACUCAAGAUGAGCAUGAAUUUCAUAUAUUCAGACUUUUGCCACAGUUAGAGCAACUGUGAGAGUAUUAUGAUUUCAUAAAAUCCAACAUCUAACAGGGUGUUUCCAUAAUGUAAGGCCCAGGUAUGCCAAAGUCCAUCAGAAUCCUGUUGGUGUGGCUCUCAGAAAUAAAAGGCAAGUUGAUCUUUUAGGUUACUUUUUUUAAAGUAUAAUUUAGAAGCACAAAAAAGAUUUUUAAUAUAAAUGAUACAUGUGAAUGGCACAAAAUUAAAGUAGUUCAAAAUUGUGAAAAGCAAGUCUUACCCUUUCCUCUUCCAUAUCAGAAUAUAUUGACAGCCUCUUUCUUUUUAUAUGGCUACAGUGUACUACAUUAUAGGGGUGGAUUAAAUUUAUUUAACCAUUCUUAUCAAAUACUACAUUUAAUAUGGUUAAUUAAGCUAUCUAUGGUGGCUUUUUGAAGCAAUUUUUUUCCAGAGUAAACACUUCUAAAUUCAAAAUGAGAUCUGUAUAUUACAUGUCAAUUCUACUUUUGGUUAUUUAUCCUACAGAGAUUGAUAAAUAUGUUAAAAAUGAGUACAUACAAGGAUAUUUCUUGGAAAAGAUUGGAAAACAUCCAAAAGCCCA